UCCACACUCACUCCUCCCCUCCUCCCCUCACUCUCCUCUCCUCCCCUCUCCCCCUCAUCUCUCACCCCUCUCUGGCGCAUCGCAUCGCCUCACACAACACGGAAAGCCUCGCAAUGCAACCCCGCAGCUUACCUGGGAGACCUGCUGCCGUCGCUCUCGGCUCCGGAGGAGAUGUCUAGACACACGACCGAACCUGGCAUCGCCAUGUCACGUUUCAACUGAUCACGGUUUAUUUUAUUUUAUUAUUUUGCAUUCAAACGGAAUUAGGAAACCACCACCGGUGCAGGGGGACCGGGUGGGUCUAAACCCGAGCACCUUGUGGGUCUGAGGAGCGCGCCGCACGCACACCUACGAUGGGCUGCAGCUGGCCUCUGCUGCUGCUGGCUCUCCUCGCCAUGGAGAGAGGCGUCUCGGGGUCGGAUACAGAGGAGCGAUUGGUGGAGCGCCUCCUGCACCCCAACCACUACAACAAACUGAUCCGCCCAGCGACCAACGGCUCGGAGUUGGUGACCGUCACGCUCAUGGUGUCCCUGGCCCAACUCAUUAGUGUGCAUGAGCGAGAGCAGGUGAUGACUACCAAUGUGUGGCUUACUCAGGAGUGGCAGGACUACCGUCUAAGCUGGAUCCCUGAGGAGUACGACGGCAUGCUGAAGGUCAGACUGCCCUCCAAACACAUCUGGCUGCCUGACGUGGUCCUCUACAACAACGCUGAUGGUAUGUACGAGGUGUCCUUCUACUCCAACGCGGUGGUCUCCCACGACGGCAGCAUCUUCUGGCUGCCGCCGGCCAUCUACAAGUCGGCCUGCAAGAUAGAGGUGAAGCACUUCCCCUUCGACCAGCAGAACUGCACGCUGCGCUUCCGCUCGUGGACCUACGACCGCACCGAGCUGGACCUGGUGCUACGCACCGACGUGGCCUGCAUGGACGACUUCACGCCCAGCGGCGAGUGGGACAUCAUCGCCCUGCCCGGCCGCCGUAACGAGAACCCGGCCGACCCCACCUACGUGGACAUCACCUACGACUUCGUCAUCCGCCGCAAGCCGCUGUUCUACACCAUCAACCUGAUCAUCCCCUGCGUGCUCAUCACCUCGCUGGCCAUCCUGGUGUUCUACCUGCCGUCCGACUGCGGCGAGAAGAUGACCCUUUGCAUCUCUGUGCUGCUGGCGCUCACCGUCUUCCUGCUGCUCAUCUCCAAGAUCGUCCCGCCCACCUCGCUGGACGUGCCGCUGGUGGGCAAGUACCUGAUGUUCACGAUGGUGCUGGUCACCUUCUCCAUCGUCACGAGCGUGUGCGUGCUCAACGUGCACCACCGCUCGCCCACCACGCACACCAUGCCACCGUGGGUCAAGCUGGUGUUCCUCAACAAGCUGCCCGCGCUGCUCUUCAUGCAGCAGCCGCGGAACAGCUGCGAGCGCCAGCGGCUGCGGCAGAGACGGAGGGCUCAGGAAAAGAGGGCCGGGGGCCGCGGGGGGGAGGUCGGGGGACUCAUGGUGGGGUUGGGGCUUGGGGGGGCCGGGGGUGGGGGAGGCGGGUUCGGCAAGGAGAACACCAGCCCGUGCACCUGCUAUGUCAACCGGGCGUCUGUCCAGAAGUUUGGGGGGGAGCUGGAGGAUGCAGGGGGAGGCGGCGUGACCAACACCCUGGAUGGUCUGAACGGGGUCCGGGAGGGCCAGGAGGGGGCCUCCAGGGACCUGCCCCGGGGGAAGCCAGCUCCAGGGGGGCCUGUUCUGACCCAGGCCCUGCUGGGACAGGCCUGUCCUGGGUUUGAGGAGGCGGUGGAUGGGGUGCGGUUCAUCGCUAACCACAUGAAGACUGAAGACGAUGACCUGAGUGUGAGCGAGGACUGGAAGUACGUUGCCAUGGUGAUCGACCGACUCUUCCUGUGGAUCUUUGUGUUUGUGUGCGUGGUCGGCACGGUGGGCAUGUUCCUGCAGCCCCUGUUCCAGAACUACACGGCCAAGACCAUCACCAGUACCGCGGGCUGAGGCCCCCCUGCAAAGCCGCUGACCAACAGCCCCCGCCCCCCCCCCAGCCAGUCAGCACAGCAUACAGGGCGGAAAGGGGGAGGACAAUGAGGGUCCUUCUCAUCUGGAAGGAGAAGGACUCCGAGAACUAAGACCACACCCAUUAUCUUUGUAGUCAGGAUUUUGUUUUUCCGCAAAAAGGGGAUAAACCUUUGUUCGGUGAGGACAGAUAGACGUUGUUUUACGGUUCUGCAGUGUUCUCCCUGAGACGGUCCGUUUGGGACUCGACCUCCCCGACCCUUAACCCCAGUGGGAAGGCUGGCGUCUCAGGAGCCAGUCCUGGUUGUGAGGACGCCCUGGGUUCCUGACCUCUGCGGUGGACAGACAGGCCGGACUUUGGGAUUUCCCUGCGGCCACGGGCUUCCUUCGGUCGGGACUCCAGUGGGACCGCGAGCGACGUCACUUUAGCAACACAGUCAAGGGGAGGGAGGGUCAGAGGGACGUCCAUGUACCUUCUUUUAUUUCAGUUUGAGUUUGUUUUCCAAACCGUCUUACUCCAUCUGGCUCAUCCAGUACAGGUUAUUAUAGAAUAGCGGUUGACCACAGCACAGCUCUGCAUAUAAUAUUGUUGGGACUUCUCUAUGUGUUCAUGCUCAUACCCGGCCUGCUCACGACCGGGAGGCGUGGUGAGUCCCAAAGCUACAAUAAGAAUGUGAUAUAAACUCAUGUACACAGCCUAUCUGAGCAGAUAGGUGUACAAGCAGCUGAUAGGGACAGAAUUUAAGAUAUACGUACACAACUCUGAUAGAGCGACAGACACGUUCUGGAGAUCAAGGAGAUAAAUUUAGUAUUGACUUUGCAUGAACAGAACUCUGCACAAUGUAGACAGGACAGGAGUGUGCCUGGCGAAGGAACAGCUAUGGUACAAGAUGAAGGAUCUGCCUUCCAAUAUGACAGUCAGAAGACACAACUUGAGCUAAGCAAAACGUAUGUUUGUGCUGUUCAAGACGACAUGGCACCAGGGCAAAGCAUCUUAUGGGUAUAACGCUAUUCUGUUCAUUAUAGUGUAGUUAAUCACACAGUUAUGUGCGUUGCUGUCAUUGCAGUGAUUUGAAUCUCAAAGUAAGGCUGACCCAAGGACCCGGCUACACACAAACAGUAUUCCUCUUCCCAACCCCUCUCUUCCCCCUCCAUCCCUCCCCCUCUGAGCACCAGCAGUAGCACAGGACCUAGAAGUGGUCAUCCGGCAUAAAGAAGGUUGCUGUUUAUGUUUCCAACUCACAACAUGGCAGCCGCUCGCCUUUCCUAAACGCAGACAAAUUAUUGCUGCCUUUCGUUCCACUAUGCUAUGGUCCAGUCCUCUCUAGAUGGAACCACUUAUUUUGGAUCUGGUCUGGUCUGUUUUUGUGUGGUCUGAUCUGGUUCUCUCCUGUCCCUAAUGUCUCACAGUGUGCGUGGCUCAGCCUUCUGUUUAAAUGUUUAACAUCAUGUUGUA